AUGUUGAUAGUGCUACUUCAGAAAUGGUCACAGCCACAAGUUGAUCCAACUUUAUUUCGAAUAGCUCAAGAACCAGUGAAAGCGACAAAGAAUUUUAAGAAACAAUUCGGAGAAGAUAUUGCCUCAAAGGCGAAUAUUUCGGGCAGAGAAAUCGUGAAUUCCGUUGAUUUCCUCAAUAGAACUUUCCCAUAUGUGAACGACAAGUUUGGUCUUCAACUAUGGAAACAUUUUACGACUCGUACACCAGCUGAUGAGUUUAAGAUGGGUGCUCCUGCUACUUAUUACGAUAUGAAAGUUGGUGGCCAGCACACACGUGUAGAAAAAGAUCCUCGUACUGGUCGAGUUCGUCUUCAACAUCAAGAAAACAUCAUUACUUGGUGGGAUGAAGUGCCUCGCUUGCUCAUUAUUAUCUUCACAAUCUUUUUCGUGAUACUGGCCGUUGGUUACAUUUACUUCGCAGCCUGGAACAAUUCACUCUGCAGCUCAAGUUGUAUCUGGCACAUUCCGCGAUUCGGUCACAUUCUUCUACAACUACUUGAUUCUACCAACAGCUCUUCUGGCUGUAGCAGCUGCUGUGGUGCUGAUUGUCUACUUUGCUUUCAAACGAUGGCGUCUGGCAAGGACGUAGAAGAAAACGCUGUAUUCGAGUUGGUUGAGCAAAUUACAGAUAUGGUUCGUGAUUCUGCGGCAGAUGGUGAGGAAUACAUCAGCGUUCCACAUGUUCGUGAUCUCAUCUUUCCCCCCGCUAAACGCAGCCCUACUGAGCUCGCUCGUUGGGAACGUGCCGUUGAAUAUAUCAACGAAAAUGACCAGAAAAAGCGGGUGGCAAGGAAAAGCUUUCGGGAACCCUACCGUUCCACUUUCGCCCAACAUUCAAAGGAGGCACUGACGAAGUUUCUGAAAAUUCGAGAUCUUGUCGCUAGCGAUGGAUCUGAUCGUGUAAAGGCUGAACAGGAUUUUCGCAGCAAGGUUCACCCCGUGAUUCCCUGUGCAUGUUGCUUAUUG